UGCAGAACUUUACAUCACAAUUGGUUUAUUAAUAAUUUUUCUUAGUCAAACCAUUUUGUCGUCAUAUUUUUUGUUUUAGCUUUCAUUGAAUUUGUACCUUUAAUUCUUGUUUCUAAUGUGCAGCUACACAUGUGUUUGCAAAACCUUCCUCUCAUAAACACACAAAAGCGAAAACUGAAGUAGUGGGUAAUUGUAAUUGAUUAUAGUUUUGCCUUAGCCCUCUCUCAGUUUGAAAUUUGUGUUCAAGGAAAAAUCGCACGCAAGAAUUGUUUUUCUGAAGGUAGCUUUAGAGUAUUCAACUGUGUAGGCCUACUUCUUUGUUUUUAUUAUGAUAUUUAUCCCAAGUGGCCCAUCAAAGAUAUUGGGUCAAGAGGGCAAAAUGAAUUUUUUGCCAGUCCUGUAUUAUUUGACGCAGACUUUCCAUAUUUUCUUUUCACAAUACAAGCUGUAAUGCAUAUUAAGCAUUCGUCAUUAUUUACCGUUGGCAAACAUUCAAAUGAAAAUGUCGCGCUUUCAUGUCGCCAGUCACAAGCUACAGGUACAUUCAAAACAGUGUUGCAAGCGUUCCCUUUUUUUCAUAUUCAUUGAAUUUUCUUUUUAAGAAAUUUAAUUGGAAAUAAGUUUUUGAAAAGAUGCUGAUUGUGAAAUUCCACUUCUCUCGGUUUGAAUUCAUUGAACCCACAGGCGUGGGCUGAGAAAAAGGGCACAAGACCAUCUAUGUUCAAGAUCUACUGUGAUGCCUACUGGUCUGUUAUGCUGGUCUCUGCUCUGUUGAAGAUAGCAGCUGAUGUCUUAAAUCUUGUAGGUCCCUUGUGCAUCGGCGCUCUCACAUCCUAUGUUGUUACCCUAAGCUACCCAGUAGAUUCCGAGCUGCCUCCGCCCCAUUACGUGAGCUUCGACGAUUUCUUUGGAAAUGGCUUCGUUCUCGUUGUGACGAUGUUCGUGGUGCUGUCGAUUAGGGCGUGUAUUAUGAAUGCCCAUUUCAAACUCUCCUUUACGCUGAGUGUGGACGUCCGAGCGGCCAUCCAGAGCAUGGUUUACAAGAAGGCUUUACGACUGGCAACGUUUGCUACCACUGGGGGCCAGAUGACCAUGGGCCAAAUCACCAACCACAUGUCAGCUGACGCCACCAACGUCAUGAUGAUGUUGCAGUCCAUGCACUUCCUUUGGUCUGCUCCAUUCCAGAUUGUGAUCAUCCUCAUCUUCCUGUACUUUGAAAUUGGGUUUUCGGCGUUGCUUGGAGCAGCCUUGUUCGUAGUCGUUCUUCCGAUUCAGUUUAAAGUUGCAGCUAUUAUGGCCGACAAACAGAAGGCUAUUCUGCGUUGCUCCGACAAACGUUUGAAGCUGACCAACGAGCUGCUGCAAGGAAUUAAACUACUGAAGAUGUAUGCGUGGGAGGAGUUGUACAGCAAGGCAAUAGAGGUAGUUCGGAAGGAAGAAGUACGCAACUUACUCCACAUCAAUCUGUGCAUGAUAACUUCGGUGUCCAUCACUUUCGGUGUCCCUGUCUUGGUCACAUUGGUAGCGUUUAUAACAUUUGAGCCGAUAUCUGGACGACCAUUGACGCCCGAUAUCACAUUCUCCUCCCUGUCCCUCUUCAAUUUAAUCGCGGUCCCUCUCUUUAUGAUCCCUGUAUCGGUGUCGGCCAUAGUAGGCUCGAUAGUCAGUUCCAAGCGAAUUAUAAAAUUUCUCCUGGCGCCCGAAGUAGAGGGAGAUCGUUUUGUACCGAUGGACACGGAAGGAAAACCUCUGUCAAAGGAGAAAAAGAGGUACAGUGAUGGUAGCCGGGCAGUGUUUCGCAAAUUGGACGAGGUAUUGAGCGAGCCAACGGUCUCCAUUGACACUAAGACCGACGACUCAGAUGAUCAGACAGGUGACACUGAGAGGGCGCUGAUGCUGAAUGGAAUCUCACUGCCUCGGUUGACUGAUGCUUCUGCGAGCAAUUCAGAUCAGGGAACAGCCAUUAAGAUCACUGAUGGCAAUUUUGCGUGGAAUCCAGAAAGUACUUCGCCUGCCUUGUCCAACGUAAAUGUUGAGAUACCAGCUGGCAAAUUGACCAUGGUGAUUGGCGCAGUAGGAAGUGGAAAGUCAUCGCUUUUAGCUGCCAUCUUAAAUGAAAUGACAACACUCUCUGGGAAUGUUCACAUCAAUGAAAAAAAAGGGCGUGUUGCAUUCGCAGCUCAGAAACCGUGGUUAAUGAAUGCUUCUCUGCGAGACAACAUUCUGUUUUCGUCAAAGAUUGACAAGAAACGGUAUCGCAGUGUUUUAGAUGCAUGUGCACUUGUACCAGACAUUGGCAUUUUACCGGCUGGAGACAAGACUGAAAUUGGCGAGAAAGGCAUCAACUUGAGCGGAGGUCAAAAGCAACGUAUCAGUGUAGCGCGAGCGAUAUACGCUGACAGCGACGUCGUCAUUUUGGACGACCCGCUUUCGGCAUUGGACGUGCACGUCGGCCGUCAACUGUUUGAAGAAGGCGUCAUAAAACAACUCGUCCGUAACAACAAAACUGUCAUUCUUGUGACCCACCAACUGCAGUAUCUCAGUAGGGCCGACUUGAUACUUGAAAUGAAAGAUGGCACCAUUGCCGCUAGUGGGAGUUUGGACGACAUCAUCGAGGCAGAUCCCGAGAUGUAUGAGGAGAUUAAACAGGUGUCAGCGGCAGGAUGGGAUAAUGAUCAGGCGGAGAGUGCUGAAGAUGAACGGUUGAAGUUGAAACGAAACGUUUCCAUUGCAUCAGCUGAAAUCGCCGAAGGGGAUGGACAGCUGAUAGAGAAGGAAGAAAUGGUGCGUGGAUCGGUGUCUUACAAGACGUACCUGUACCUGCUGGGGAGCGUUGGCUGGGGUUUAAUCCUCUUAGUCGGAGUGGUUGUGGCACUACAAACAUCAGUGUCUGUUACAACCAACUUCUGGCUCUCUGAAUGGUCUGAAGCUGGCUUAUCCAACGAGACUGCAAGAACUUACACCGAGUAUCUUGUUGGCUACGCAGGCCUGUCCGUCUCGGUGGCAGUAAGUCAAGCGCUAUCAACCGCGAUGUUGAUGUUGUCAUUCGUAGUCGCCGCCAAGCGCUUACACCUGAGAAUGCUGAGGAAUAUCAUACGUGCACCAAUGAGGUUUUUUGACACUACCCUCGUUGGUCGGAUCCUGAAUCGAUUUUCUAAUGACACCCAGAUGAUGGAUUAUAGACUACCAGAAACGUACAACUUUUUUGUCGUCAGCAUCAUGCAGAUUAUAGCAUCCGUGGUUGUAGUGGGCGUGGUCAUGCCCAUCUUUCUUGUGUUCGUCAUCCCAAUAGCCAUUGUGUAUUACAUACUGCAGAGGUACUACUUGGCCACUUCUAGAGAGCUUCAACGAUUGGAGAGCAUUAGCAAAUCUCCCGUCUUUUCGUACUUCUCGGAGAGUCUCGGCGGACUGACUACAAUCCGAGCUUACAGAUGCGAGAAUAGAUUUUACAACACCAUUCUCGCUCGAAUCGACAGAAACACUGCGGCGUUCCUUUAUGUGCAGAUGGGGGCGAGAUGGCUGGCAGUGCGGCUUGACGCCCUUGGAGUUCUGUUUGUGCUUCUCUCGACUGGAUCUACGUUAAUUGGCGCGCUCUCAUUUGGUAUUAAUCCCAGCUUGGUGGGUCUGAGCUCUGCAUACAGCCUGCAGAUGUCGAACUAUCUCAACUAUCUCAUGAGAAAUCGGACUGAGGUGGAGAUGCAGAUGAAUGCCGUGGAGCGAAUUCAGUUCUUCAGCGAGGUGGACCGGGAGGACUAUUCAGGUGCCGAACCUUCAUCUGGAUGGCCUCAUAGUGGAGAGAUACACAUCGACAAUGUGUCAGUCCGAUAUGCAGAAGAUCUUGAAGCUGUGCUCAGGAAUGUGUCAGUGUACCUGAAAUCAGGGGAGAAGGUCGGUAUCUGUGGCCGAACUGGAAGUGGCAAGUCGUCCCUGACCCUGGCAUUGCUGAGAGUCAUUGAUAUCUUUGAAGGUCGGAUAUUCAUUGACGGUGUGAAUAUAAUGGCUGUACCAUUGACUACACUCAGAAGCAAAAUAUCUAUCAUCCCUCAAGACCCAGUGCUGUUUACUGGACCUGUUAGGACAAAUUUGGACCCUGAAGGGAAGGUAUCAGACGACGAAAUGUGGCGCGCCCUUGAGAUUGCACAGCUAAAAGAUGUUGUCUCACAACUGGACGGGGGACUCGAUACAGUGGUGACUGAAGGCGGUGAGAAUUUCAGCGUUGGUCAGCGGCAGCUGUUCUGCCUGGCUCGAGCCUUCCUCAGAAAGUCUCGCAUCCUCAUCAUGGACGAAGCCACGGCUUCAGUAGACAUGGAAACGGACAAGACAUUACAGAAUGUCGUUGCUACGGCAUUUGCGGAUAGAACUGUUUUAACUAUUGCGCACCGCAUAGCAACCAUUCGAAACUCGGACAAGAUUAUCGUGUUGGACGGGGGUCGUAUGGUGGAGUUUGGUAGCCCCGAGGAACUUCUAGCGGACGAGUGUGGCUUUUUUACCUCGCUAGUCGGUGACGAAUGAGGGAUCGGGAACGAAAAAUUGGCACCAAUUCAGUCAGUUUAUGAUACGACAGAUACCCUUCGUUACAUGCCCAUGUACAUUCUGAAACUAUAAACCAACUUGUAAUGAGUGAAACUGAUUUGUGACUUUUGGACGGGUCAUUACAUCGGACCAGUUGAAAAUUGCACUUGUCAGAAACUGCCACCUGCCAUUUCAAACUGUUGUGAAAUCUACGAGUAGACUCUUUGCAGUAACUUAAACGUACUUUAUCUUUUGCUUACAACUGUUGUUUCCGUUUUAAUGACACAAUGUCAGGUGAGACAUUGUCGAUAUGAUUUUUUCUUUUUUUCCUUCAGUUUGAUAGAAAGUGUCUCACAUCACAAAAAUAAGUCACUGCAUUUUCCAAGGAUGGUGACUAAAAGAUAUUUUGAAGUCACGAAUUUCUGUAUAAUGGUACCCGGACAGGUUGCCUCACACUGGUAGGCAUAUUUGGCUGAAACCAUCGAAGUAAGCUUCCCACCAUCUUGGUUUCCCAAACAGCUGUGUUUCACGUCAUGUAGCUCAGACGCAGCUACAGAAUAUGAAAGUGACCAAAAUUUAGACUAUAUCCUUUCUUUAAGUGGUGUGAUCUCUAACGAGAACAUGGAAUAUUAUCUUUAAUUUAAAAAUAGUUUGGAUACGUCCAUGUUAAGGUUUGUUUACGGGCGUAAUUCUGUUUCCCGUUUUCUGCUUGUAGUUUUAAAAUCUACAAACGUGCCUAUCUACAAUUCCUGAUAGCGUAUCUGUAGAUCUAUUGCACCACCGAAACAACAGUAUGACAAACAAAAAAGUGUUCUCAUUUGACACCUAGACAUGUUUGGGCGCUGGUCUAAAAAAAGCAUUUUAUUUCAACAAUAAAUAACCCUGAGAGCAUUGUCGGCCUGGACUGAGAUACAGUGUCUCCGAAUUCGGAGAUAAAGAUUUAUGUUCACAGCAGCACUAUUUAGCGGCAGCGGAAGACGUUGAGACGCUCGUAGCAAUAGAGAUACUGGUCCUCAUUCAAGGUAUUGCACAUGA